AUGUUAUUAUUUAUUUUUAUUCUCUCAGUGAUAAUAAUUUAUUCGAUUGUGAAGCGACACUACAGCCAAUGGCAGCGUUUGGGCAUUGCAACCGAUGACAGUGGGCCCGUGCCGCUGGGUUGCUUGCACCGUGUCAUGAAAAAGGAAAAACCUUUGGGUUUGGUAUUUUCGGAUAUCUAUAAAAAUUAUGAGGAGAAAAUUGUCGGUAUUUAUAUGCUGUUCAAACCUGCUAUAUUAGUGAGAGAUGCCGCUCUAAUACGUCAAAUCAUGACCACGGAUUUUGGGAGUUUUCAUGAUCGUGGUGUUUAUGUGGAUGAGAAAUAUGAUCCCCUCUCUUCGCAUUUAUUCAAUUUGAAAGGGCAGACUUGGCGUACAUUGAGGGCAAAACUGACUCCCUCCUUUUCAUCGGGUAAGCUGAAGGCAAUGUUCGAAACAGUCGAUGAGGUGGGAGAUAAAAUGAUAAAGCAUUUACUGGGGCAAAUGGAGGAUGGCGGGACAAAGCAGGUGGAUGUUAAGGAUUUGGCAACAACCUACGCUGUCGAUAUCAUUGGCUCGGUUAUUUUUGGCCUGGAACUCGAUAGCUUCUCAAAUCCCAAUAAUGAAUUCCAUCUGAUGAGUGAUGGUUUGUUUAAGAACCCCAAAUCGAAUUUCUUACAACAAAUACGUCAUGUUAUGAACUUUAUAUGUCCACCGAUAGCACACCUGCUCUGCCGUUUGGGUGUUAAUGAUCCGAUCACCUUCAGUAUCAGGGAUAUUGUUCAACGUACAAUAGAAUUUCGUGAGAAAAAUAAUGUGGUCCGUAAAGACCUUCUACAGCUUCUGAUUCAACUGCGAAAUACUGGGAAGAUAUCUGACGAUACCGAUGAUUCAGUGUGGCGUUCAGAAUCUGCUGCAGAAAAUUUGAAAUCAAUUUCCAUCGAUGUGAUUGCGGCCAAUUUACUUCUAUUCUAUAUUGCCGGCUCGGAAACAACAUCUGCCACCAUAGCUUUCACUCUCUACGAAUUGGCCAUGUAUCCGGAAAUAUUAGCCAAAGUUCAGUUGGAGAUUGAUUCCACUUUGGCUAAGCACAAUUUGCGGGUUGGUGGACCUUUGAGCUAUGAUGCCCUGAAGGAUAUGAAAUAUUUGGAUUUGUGUGUUAUGGAAACCAUGCGCAAAUAUCCCGGCCUACCAUUUCUGAAUCGUGAAUGCACCCAAGAUUUUCAAAUACCUGGCAUGGAUUUCACCAUCAAACGGGGAACGGCCAUAAUUAUACCUCUGUUUGGUCUACAUAGAGAUCCUGAAUAUUUCCCUCAACCCAUGGACUAUAUACCAGAGAGAUUUGAUCGCGAUAUAAUUAAUUAUAAUCCCAUGGCUUAUAUGCCAUUUGGGGAGGGUCCCCGGCAUUGUAUUGCUCAACGCAUGGGUGUUGUAAAUGUCAAGGUGGCCCUGGUCAAAUUUUUAGCCAACUUCAGUAUUGAGACCAUGGAACGUAAGGAGGUGGAAUUUAAAUUUCAUACCACACCGAUUUUACUACCCAAAGGAGGUCUACCCAUAACAAUAAAAAGGAGAUGA